AUGGUGGGCCUCACACCAACGACCAGAAGGGAUGCGCCUCCAGACGAUAUUGACGCAGGGUUGCGCGCUCGACCGAACGCCUCAGCUCACGACGACCGCGAAGCUUCAGACCAUCACAUCCACGAACAAACGCCAUUACUCGGAGCAUCAUCUCAAUCCUCCGACACCGCGAGCCUCCCACCGCCAGACCACGACAUCGACAACGAGGACGAAAGCCCCAGACACAAAUGGAGGAAGUCGAGCGUCUUCUGGCUCUUCCCGUUCCUGAUCCUCUACAUGGUAGGAUUCGGAGGCACAGCGGUACCGAAGAUCAACCUGAUGGUGACGCUGAUCUGCAAGGACUACAUGGCGAAGAAAGCGAGCUCGGAGCCGGGGUUCACGUACCUACCGGUGAUCCUGGGGAGCGAGCGAAACACGCAGUGCCAGAUCCCCGAGGUGCAGGCGCAGGUAGCGCAGUUCCAGCUGUACUACCACCUGGUAGCGGGGGUGCUCUCGGCGGUGGUGUGUCCCCGGCUGGGGCAUCUCUCGGACCGACGGGGACGGACGAGGGUGAUCGCGCUGAGCGGGCUGGCGACGGUCGUGGCGGAGGGGAUCACGAUCUGGGUGGCGGCGCGGGCGGAGACGAUGUCGGUGUGGGUGCUGCUGGGGGCGGCGUUCGUGGACGGGCUGGGGGGCUCGUUCACGACGAUCAUGGCGUUGACGGCGUCGUACGCGUCGGACAGCACGGCGGCGGCGCAACGCAGCGUGGCAUUCGGGUAUCUGUACGGGGCGCUGUUCUCGGGGCUGGCGGCGGGCCCGCUGCUGGCGGCGAUGGUGAUCCAGCGGACGGGACAGGUGCUGGACGUGUUCACGGCGUCGCUGGGCCUGCACCUGCUGUUCCUGCUGUGUAUGCUGUUUGUCGUGCCGGAGUCGCUCUCCCCCGCACGCCAGGCCGUCUUCCGCGACCGCCACCACAAACUCCAGGCCGAGCGUGGUGCCGCGCACUCGUCGCUCCUCCGCCCCUCAUGGCAGUCCCUGCACCCGAAACACCUCAUCACCCCGCUGGCCGUGCUCCUCCCGCCCGUCGGACGACCUAGCGCGCUCUUCCCGCACGGCACGGGCGCGACGCCGGCCCUCCGCCGCAACAUCAUCCUGCUGACCUCGCUCGACACGCUCGCCUUCGGCGUCGCCCUCGGCACGGCACAGGUACUGAUCAUGUACGCGGAGUUCAAAUUCGGCUGGGGCAACGUGGAGUCCAGCCUAUUUAUCUCGACAGUCAGCGUGAUCCGCGUGCUGAACCUGUUCGUGCUGUACCCGCUGAUCCAGCGCAACGCCCAGGGCCAACAAUCCCCCCCCUCAACCCGAAAGAUCCCCGGCUCCCCACUCAAAGAAAUCACCCUAAUCCGCCUAAGCCUCCUCCUCGACGCGCUCGGAAACCUCGGCUUCGCGCUCGCGCCCAACGGGACGAUGAUGACACUGUCGGGGAUAGUCAUGGCACUAGGCGGGAUGGGGGUCCCGACGCUGCAGAGCGCAUUGACGAAGCACGUACCCCGCGAAGGACUGGGGCAGAUCCUGGGGGCCAAGGGCCUGUUGCAUGCGUUGGCGCGGAUCAUCGCGCCGACGGUGUGUAGUCUGAUCUACAGUUUGACGGUGGGGAGGUUCCCCGCGGCGAUCUUUGUGUGUUUGGUCGGGUUGUUUGCCCUCGCUUUUGGGGCGAGUUGGGCGGUCAGGCCUUUUGGUAUGUCU